CGCUGGCGUAGACGUUUCCUGGCUAUGGUGGUGGUGGCAGCGGCGCCGAGCGCGGCCUCGGCGGCCCCCAAAGUGCUACUCCUAUCUGGUCAGCCCGCCUCCGGCGGCCGAGCGCUGCCGCUCAUGGUUCCGGGCCCGCGAGCCGCAGGGUCGGAGGCGAGCGGGACACCGCAGGCUCGCAAGCGGCAGCGCCUCACGCACCUGAGCCCGGAGGAGAAAGCGCUGCGGAGGAAACUGAAAAACAGAGUAGCAGCACAGACUGCGCGAGAUAGAAAGAAAGCCCGGAUGAGCGAGCUGGAGCAGCAAGUGGUGGAUUUGGAAGAAGAGAACCAGAAACUCCAGCUAGAAAAUCAGCUUUUACGAGAGAAAACUCAUGGGCUUGUGAUUGAGAACCAGGAGUUAAGGACACGCUUGGGGAUGAAUGCCCUGGUUACUGAAGAGGUCUCAGAGGCAGAGUCCAAGGGGAAUGGAGUAAGGCUGGUGGCCGGGUCUGCUGAGUCCGCAGCACUCAGACUACGUGCGCCUCUGCAGCAGGUGCAGGCCCAGUUGUCACCUCCCCAGAACAUCUUCCCAUGGAUUCUGACGCUGUUGCCUCUUCAGAUUCUGAGUCUGAUAUCCUUUUGGGCAUUCUGGACAAGUUGGACCCUGUCAUGUUUUUCAAAUGUCCUUCCCCAGAGUCUGCUAAUCUGGAGGAACUCCCAGAGGUCUACCCAGAAGGACCUAGUUCCUUACCAGCCUCCCUUUCUCUGUCAGUGGGGACCUCAUCAGCCAAGCUGGAAGCCAUUAAUGAACUCAUUCGUUUUGACCAUGUAUACACCAAGCCUCUAGUCUUAGAGAUCCCCUCUGAGACAGAGAGCCAAACUAAUGUGGUAGUGAAAAUUGAGGAAGCACCUCUAAGCUCUUCAGAAGAGGAUCACCCUGAAUUCAUUGUCUCAGUGAAGAAAGAACCUUUGGAUGAUGACUUCAUUCCCGAGCUGGGCAUCUCAAACCUGCUUUCAUCCAGCCAUUGUCUGAGACCACCUUCCUGCCUGCUGGAUGCUCACAGUGACUGUGGAUAUGAGGGCUCCCCUUCUCCCUUCAGCGACAUGUCUUCUCCACUUGGUACAGACCACUCCUGGGAGGACACUUUUGCCAACGAACUUUUCCCCCAGCUGAUUAGUGUCUAAAGCCACCCACCACUGGGCUCCUUCCCUGAUCAUCACACUGCCUAGAGGAUAGCAUAGGCCUGUCUGCUUCACUAAAAGCCAAAGUAGAGGCUAUCUGGCCUUAUAAGAAUUCCUCUAAAGUAUUUCAAACCUCUUAGAUGACUUCCAAGUAUUGUCUUUUGACACUCAGCUGUCUGAGGUCUUCAAAGGUAUUCCAAUACUACAGCUUUUGAGAUUCUCAUUAUCUUAAAGGUGGUAGCAUGCUCUAAAUCAUAGGGAAAGUCAUCUGACAGUUAUCGUUCAGCCUGGCUAUGUAGCCGAGGCUAAGCUGAAACUUGUGACCCUCUUGACCCCACUCCCAAGUGCUGGACUUUACCAGGUGUGCAGCUCCACACCGGCCUCUUCACAUGUCCUGAAGUAGACAUGAGAGUCACCAGUUCUUUCUCUCCUCCCCGCCCCACAGGUUUCUUUUGUUUCCUUCUACAAGCAGAGAAACAGCAACCUGAGGGGCCUGUCCUUCCUUAUGUCCAGUUCAAGUGAAGAUCAAGAAUCUUUGUAAAAUUAUUGGAAAUUUACUGUGUAAAUGCUUGAUGGAAUCUUCUUGCUAGUGUAGCUUCUAGAAGGUGCUUUCUCCAUUUAUUUAAAACUACCCAUGCAAUUAAAAAAGCAACGCAGCAUCCCCGUUGAAUGAUUUUA